UUCAAAGGUUAUGCAGCUUCUUGUGUAACCACCUAGCCGGGAAAGAGUUUGCUAUCUGUUUUGUGAGCAACAUUGCUCUUCAAUUCAACCGUAGUUUGCUCAGUCAAACUCGUUCAAUCACUUGGCGUGUGGUGAAGAGUCUCCGCUUAUUUACCGGACUAUCACUGAACCUAAUUCUCCUCAUUUCUUUCCAAUGACUUUCAAUGGUUACAACCUUGACAUGCUAACGUUAGCCAGGGAGCUAGCCGGUUAGCCAGCUGCUGACAAGUGUGCCUCUAAAUGCCACUGGCUAUUAAAAGCGCUCUUUUGUAGACACAGACGAAGGACUGUUUAAAUGGGGUCUGUCAGAGCAAUGGCAUCAACUAGGCUGGCCUACCUGUCCUAUGUGAGGGCAGUCGGCUCGACCAAAACAUUAGCUGGGGCAGGAUGCAGUGUGUGCUGCAGGAGGAGGCUGUGCAGCUCGUCUUCCAGGCUGCAGAGCUGCAUGCCAGCUUGGGUUAUCGACCAGUACGGCCCUAAUGGGGUUUUGAGGUUCACAGAUGAAAUACCAGUCCCUGCUAUCAAUUUUGCCAGUGAAGUGAUGAUAAAAGUCUGCGCUGCUAGUCUCAACCCCCUCGAUAUAUCCAUGAGGGGGGGGUAUGGGGCUAAGUUACUGAAGUUACGGCGAGAUCCAAUGUCUGUGAUGGACAGUGACAGUGAGUUUCCUCUCAUCCUGGGCCGUGAUGUGUCCGGUGUAGUGGUCGACUGUGGAUCAGGGGUGACUCAUUUUGCUCCAGGAGACGAGGUGUGGGCCGCUGUUCCUCCUUGGAAGCAAGGCAGCCUUGCAGAGUUUGUGACUCUAACCGAGUAUGAGGUCUCCCACAAACCAAAAUUGUUGAGUCACACAGAAGCAGCGUCCAUCCCGUAUGUAGCCGCCACGGCGCUGUCUGCCCUCGUCAACGCAGGCGGUCUGUGCAGGGACAACUGUUCCAAUAAAAGAGUUUUGAUCACCGGCGGAUCGGGAGGUGUUGGAACAUUUUCUAUUCAGUUAUUGAAGGCCUGGGGUGCUCAUGUAACUGUGACCUGCUCUCACAACGCCGAGGGGCUCGUUAGAGGGCUUGGAGCCGAUGAGGUUGUGGACUACAUGGCAGGAGAUGUGGCCGCUCAACUAGACAUGAUGGAGAAGUUUGAUGUGAUUCUUGACAACGUGGGUGGGGAGACAGAGCAGUGGGCCCUCAGCCUGCUGAAGCCCUGGUCCGGGGCCAAGUACGUCACGCUGGUAACGCCCUUCCUCCUCAACACCGACUCCAUGGGCCUGCUGGAUGGCAUCGUGCGCUCAGGAUUCACCCUGCACAACAAGGCCAUACAGAAUAUAAUAUCAAACGGAGUGUUUUACCGCUGGGGGUUUUAUGCUCCAGAUGGGCCUGCCCUGGAUGAGAUCAGCAAGCUGGUGGAUGCAGGAAAGAUCCUGCCAGUCGUGGAGGCCCAGUUCCCAUUUACCCAGGUGCCUCAGGCCUUUCAGAAGCUGGAGCAGGGCCACGCCCGAGGGAAGACUGUGGUCAGGGUGGCUGAUGAGGAUGAAGAUCUCCCACAGGCUGAAGAAAACGUGGAUGACGGUUACAGAGAGGCUGCAGAGCCAGAGCAAGCGAGGGAAACACUCAAGCCACACUAGAGACAGGAAGCAGAGUGCUGAGUUAACUGCGUAUGACUUCGCUCACCCCUCUUCACUUGUCUCGACAGUGUUGUCCAACGAGAUUAGGAAUGCUGCGGGUGUGCGGCGGACUACAAGUCUUACUUGACCUUGUAAUGGGACUGUGCUUUGUUCUUGUUAAAGCUAGCAUCUUCCACUGUAAGCUCUCAAGAUUUCACGGGGUUUUGGAUAUCAGGGAUUUUUCUACUCUCACUGCACAGGAAAUAAGGAAAUGUUUUACAGUCUUGGAGUUCUCCCAUGAUGCUUAAAGUUCAGUCAUAUUAUUAUAGCCCUUUAUCACAAAUACUCCUCAAAGGGCUUUAAAAUAUGAGACGUAGUGGAUUAGACCCCCAUGGCAGACAAGAAGUGUGUGAUAAAAUAAAUCAAACAUGAAGAACAAUUCAACAUGUCAUGAAAAGGUCAAAAAUCUUCAGUCUAAAAACAUUUUGCCCUGAUGAAUGCUUACAGUUACAGCACAUCUGAAAUGGAGUAAAUGAGCUGCUGCAUAAUGUAUUUAAGAAACUGGUUGACAAAAUACUUUUAUUAUCAGCAAAAAAAAAGGUUUGUGUGUUGCAAAUAUUUCACUGGACAAAGUAAAGCACGACCUUAUAACUCGUUAAACAAAGGAGUCAUUUUUGUUGCCUUUUAUGUUACAGAUAUGGUACUGGGAAGUAAGGCAUU